UGUACCCCCCCCUCAUCACCCCCUUUCCCCAUCUCCCCCCUCCACCCUCUUGCACUCCCCCUCCUCAUUUAUCCUCCUCGGGGCGGGCAGGGCUGCAGCAGUGUUUUAUGAACAGCCCCGAACCGUCUCAUUGAGAAACACUCACGCGGGUCCACACGCGUCGGUGUCGCGGACGGCGUGGACGAGCGCAGCCGCAGUGAUCGGUGCCGACGAGACCGGGUGUCGUUCGCAGCGCGAACUGUGCUGUUGAUUCGCCACUCGGAACCCGGGACCGGAUCCCGGAGCCUCCCCUCCCUCCCCCCGUUUCUUCUUCAACGCUCUCUCGGGACAGCCGGGAGAAUCACACUGAAGGGGGAGGUGGUGUCCUGGUGGAGAGGUGGAGGGGUGGAGACGGAUUUUACAACUGUGACCCAUCGGGCGGCGUGAGGCGGCGUCUAUUCCCGCUCACUCACCGGCAGACAUGAAGCGCCCGGACGCACCGAUGGAGGAUUCCGGACACUUUCUAAAAACCACGAGACUGCAGCGGACGGUCCUGGUGCGAACUAAGCCGUGGGUGGUGUAGACAAUCUGCCCGCACCCUCCACCCCUUGUUGCCUUAUUCGCACCUUCCCUAUCCCUCCCAUACGGGACGCGCAGCCCUUACCGGGGAACAUGUCCCGAGCGGCGGCUAUGCGAGCUCCCCUGAUCCGCCAGAAGCGGCAGGCGCGGGAGCGCGAGAAGGGGAACGCGUGCCGCGGCAGCCCGAUCAACAGCAAAGGCACAAACGAGAAGCCGAGCAAGCUCAACGUGUUCUCACGCGUCAAACUGUUUGGGUCGAGGAAGAAACGGAAGAGAAAGCGACCACCAGAGCCCCAGUUAAAGGGCAUCGUGACCAGGCUUUCCAGCAGCCAGGGCUUCCAGCUGCAGAUGCAGCCUGAUGGCACCAUUGAUGGAACCAAGGAUGAAGACAGCACUUAUGGGGUGUUCAACCUGAUCCCGGUCGGGCUUCGUGUGGUGGCCAUCCAGGGCGUCCAGACCAAACUCUAUCUGGCAAUGAACAACGAAGGCUUUCUCUACACCUCUGAACAUUUUACCCCCGAGUGUAAGUUCAAGGAGUCGGUGUUUGAGAACUACUACGUCACCUACUCCUCCAUGCUGUACCGGCAGCAGGCCUCGGGUCGGGCCUGGUACCUGGGCCUCAACAAGGAGGGGGGAAUCAUGAAGGGAAACCACGUCAAGAAGAACAAAGCCGCCGCACAUUUCAUACCGAAACCACUGAAAGUGGCCAUGUACAGGGAGCCCUCCCUCCACGACCUGACUGAGCUGUCGCGGUCAGGCAGCGGCACGCCGACCAAGAGCCGCAGCGCUUCGGCCCUGCUUAACGGCGGGGGGAAGUCGCCCAGCAAAAACGACCUUUCCUAGCCCCUCACCCACACAGAUGACACAAACAGACGUGCACACACACA